AUGGACGAUGCAUCUUCGUUUCACUCGGUUCAAGAGAGUACAGGGCCUUGGAGUAGAGCGCUAGACGAUGUGGAACCAGACUACUUUCGAAAGCCAUGGCUGGCGCAACGUGAAACUCGAAUGGAACGCUUGGCAGUAUGGAUACCCCGAGCCAGUGUCAUUCUGGCAGCGGUCAUCAUCGCGGUAUUCGCAUAUGGGGGCUACAACGACUACGAGACUAGGUCCUUUUGUCUUGUCUUUGAAGAUAGUUUCGACAGCUUUGACGAGACGGUGUGGCAACGAGAAGUUGAGCUUGGUGGGUAUGGCACGGGCGAGUUCGAGUGGACCACGCCAUUUGAAAACAACUCAUACGUGAAAGAUGGUAAGCUUCAUCUCGUGCCACACGUAUCUGCUUGGCCGCCUGCCGAAGGCACAGUACUCAAUCUGACAGAUCUUGGCAUUUGCACGGUCGACAAUGCUUAUUCGGGCAGGUCACCCGUUGCAGAUUGCCAAGCAACGUACAACACUUCUCUCGGUACAGUGAUCCCACCCAUAUCCUCUGCACGCCUUAGCACUCGACUUUCUCACUCGAUCCACUAUGGCCGAGUCGAAGUCACGGCGAAGCUACCCGUCGGUGAUUGGCUAUGGCCUGCAAUUUGGAUGAUGCCAACGAACAACACGUAUGGCAAGUGGCCGCAGUCAGGGGAGAUUGACAUCAUGGAAUCGAGAGGCAACGGCGUCGAUUUUAUUUCUGUGAAUGAGCAACAGCAGCAUUUUCCAGGUGGACAUGAUGCGACUUACAGCACGCUUCACUGGGGCCCAGCCAUUCCAUACAUUUAUGAUGCAUGGGCAAAGACGACGGAUGGAAUGAGGUAUCCAUCAGGGCUGAGCUCAUUGACGAGUGGCUAUCACGUCUAUGGCAUAGAGUGGUCUCCGCGAUCCAUCAGGACCUAUGUUGACAAAAAACUUACGCGCGUUGCGCAUUUCAAGUUUCCCGAGGGCGGUUUUUGGGGACAAGGUGAUUUUGAUGCUGGACGAUCGGCCUGGUCGACUGAGUCCUUCUUAAAUCCCUGGACGACAGGGUCAUCUCACGCACCGUUUGACCAGGAUUUCCAUCUCAUCAUCAAUUUGGCUGUUGGCGCUACAAAUGGUUAUUUCAACACUAUCAGCGGCCUUUUGCCUUGGUCUGGAUCUCGAAAUGAGGCCAUUCAAGGCUUCAUGAAAGCUCGUGAGCGUUGGGAGCCAUCCUGGAAGUCUGAGUCUGAGAGAGCCUUCACCAUUGAUAGUGUGAGGAUGUGGAAGUUGUGCUAG